AUGGUAGUAGCUACAAUCAAGUGUGUCGUCGUGGGUGAUGGUGCUGUUGGAAAGACGUGUCUCUUGAUCUCAUAUACGACCAACAAAUUCCCCUCCGAAUAUGUUCCCACCGUCUUCGAUAACUACGCGGUGACUGUGAUGAUCGGUGACGAGCCGUACACACUGGGACUCUUCGAUACUGCCGGUCAGGAAGAUUACGAUCGCCUGCGCCCUCUUUCAUAUCCGCAGACAGACGUUUUCCUGGUCUGCUUCUCCGUCACCUCUCCCGCUUCCUUUGAGAACGUCAGGGAGAAAUGGUUUCCCGAAGUCCACCACCACUGUCCGGGCGUCCCGUGUCUUAUCGUCGGCACCCAGACUGAUCUCCGCGACGACCCGGCCGUUCGCGAGAAGCUCGCGAGACAGAAAAUGCAGCCCAUUCGGAAGGAAGAUGGUGAUCGCAUGUGCAAGGAACUGGGCGCAGUGAAAUAUGUCGAAUGCUCCGCUCUGACUCAGUACAAACUGAAGGACGUUUUUGACGAGGCCAUCGUUGCAGCGCUGGAGCCAGCUCCGAAGAAGAAGUCCAAGUGUGUUCUGCUGUAG